UGUUAUGAGUUUAUCACUCGAAAUUAUACAAUUGUUGUAUCAGAUAUUCUUUGUUUCCAUGUUCUUCAUAAGGGAGAAUGUGUAUCAAUCUUUGGACAGCCUCCGAACAAAUAACACGAAUACUAGCUAGCUAUUAAACGUUAAAUGUAAAAUUAUGAGUUUGCAUAAAUCUGACAUGUAUUUUUUAAAUCCACUAAAUAAAUAUAACUUUUUCUAACACUGUUGAGCAAGUCCUAAACCUCUGCAAUAUGCCCCAUCCUCUCUCGGUUUACUGUAUGCAGAAUUCCCGGGUGAUGUCUUGCUACAGUUUGUACGCCAGACAUGUGAUAACUAUGUUUCCUUUACUGGGCGUUACAGGUACAAACAUGUAUUUCAUAUAUUUCUCAGUUUUUUGGUGGAACCACCUGCAUCUGGACACGGACAUUUAUAAGAUACAAAUCUAUGGCAGCGUUUGGUAUAAUCUAACCUGUAACGCCCAGUAAUGGAUACAUAGUUAUCACAUAUCUGGCGUACGAACUGUAGCUGCAGCGUUUGGUAUAAUCUAACCUGUAACGCCCAGUAAUGGAUACAUAGUUAUCACAUAUCUGUCGUACGAACUGUAGCUGCAGCGUUUGGUAUAAUCUAACCUGUAACGCCCAGUAAUGGAUACAUAGUUAUCACAUAUCUGGCGUAGCUAGAUGUUGUCUAGUGGUGUAAAUGCGUUACUAGUGCCAUUCUGAAGUGAACCUCUUCAGCACCUGCUGUUCAUGUUCAGCAAUUUGUCAAUUAACUGUCUUCCAAUUUAAAGUGGGCCAUUGUAACCUUCUUAAUAAUGGAGUGUUUACACAAGUACUGUGGAUGAAUGCCUGGUUACCAGUUUGUUCCUUCAACGUUACUAGCCUGACAAUCUAACUAUGCAGUCUACAGGUAGGCCUAGACAUACCAACACGGUCCUCUAAGACCAAUGUUUUAUUUUAUGCUAAAUCUAUCCAAUCAGAGCAUAUGUAAAGAGUCCAUGUAAGGGAAUAUGUUUUUGUACAGUGAAACAUCCAGUUCUUCCAAGGUUUGCUGCAUCUGCUGAAUUUGAGCAGAAUUCCUUUAAGUGCAUGUCACUAAAACAGAGUUUGCGAAAUCUGAGCGAAUGGUAAAUUAAGCUGACGUGUCUUUGCAUGCAGCUAAAUUACAGCCAGCACUGUAUUCAGUUACCUUUGAUGAGAUGUUGCGGGAGAGGCUCUACUUUGUAACUCAAUCUGUGGUCAUUCCAGUCGCUUAGUAGCCACAUCUACCUAGAAUAUUCCAUGUUUGUAUAAAUUGUACAUGUUUUCAGUUUAGGUUACACAAGGACAUGGCUUGAUUAAUAGGUGUCAAGGUAGUGGUUUCAUUGUGGUUGAGACGCCAGCCUGUUUACGGUGGGUUUUGUGUUUCGGCUCAUCCAUUUUAUGAAUAGGACUAGCUGAGGAUAACAAACAGCUCUGAGUGUUUAAACUCAGGAAAAAGGCCCACCUUGGCUUUGUGUGCCGUGGAACCCUAGACAGAUCAGCAACACAUUCCUUGCAUAGUCUGUUGAGGUUAAGUCAAUCCAGAGCUUUUCACAUUGUGAACAAAAUGUUUUGUUUGGACUUAAGGUCACUGAUAGCGAUAGGCCCAUAGUACUAGCCUCUGGUAUUAUUUUGCUACAAAGUUGGUCCUUUGUUUAGGCCAACAUGUUGUGAUAUUAUUGAUCACAUUACCAGGCAAGGGGUUUGGGCUGCCGUGGGGAUGUUUGCCUGCUCAUAUCCAGGAGAUAUGGGAUUUAGCUAAAUUGUCAGUUCCCAUAAGAUAGCAUAUUAUGGGAUUUAGCUAAAUUGUCAGUUCCCAUAAGACAGCAUAGCCUAGUCAUCUGGAGCAUCGUGACCUCAACACUUGAAUCCCAGCCAGGUCCAGGCAGCCAGGUCCAGGCAGCCAGGUCCAGGCAGCCAGGUCCAGGCAGCCAGGUCCAGGCAGCCAGCCAGCUACCUAAUGGAAAAGUGUGUGGGAGCAGAAAGAUCGAGGCAGUGACUGAGCUAAGUGAAGCUGACUGUACCAUGUAAGGAUGAGGAAUCCAUCAGCUGACGUUACCUCAGAGGGCUGCAGCCUGGAAAUGUAUGCACUCGUUACUGAGGUGUCUAACUGAUCCAGUGCCAGCCCCUCUGAAGUAACACCAGACUGCCUUGAAGUGUUAAGAAAACCCAGCAAGACAUAGUCAUGUUGGAGGAGGACAUGGAAGUGGCCAUCAAGGUGGUGGUGGUGGGCAAUGGUGCGGUGGGGAAGUCCAGCAUGAUCCAGCGCUACUGCAAGGGCAUCUUCACCAAGGACUACAAGAAGACCAUCGGUGUGGACUUCCUGGAGAGGCAGAUACUAGUGAAUGAUGAAGAUGUGAGAUUGAUGCUGUGGGACACAGCAGGGCAGGAAGAGUUUGAUGCCAUCACCAAGGCCUACUACCGCGGUGCCCAGGCGUGUGUUCUGGUCUUCUCCACCACCGACAGGGAGUCGUUCGAGGCGGUCGGCAGCUGGUGGGAGAAGGUGGAGCUAGAGGUGGGAGACAUCCCCACUGUCCUGGUGCAGAACAAGAUUGACCUUCUGGAUGACACGAUGAUCAAAAAUGAGGAGGCAGAAGGUCUGGCCAAGAAGCUCAAGUUGAGGUUUUAUAGAACCUCUGUAAAGGAGGACCUCAAUGUCAAUGAAGUUUUCAAAUACCUAGCAGAUAAGUAUCUGCAACGACUCAAGCGGCAAACAGCAGAGGAGCCCGAGGCAGUGCAUACAGCAGGCAAUAAAAUUGGCGUUUUCAACACCACAAGUAGUAACCUAUCUAGUCAGAACUCCAGCAAUGGCCGUGAAAUCAUCAGCUUGCGGCCCCACAAACAGAGGACCAAGAAGAGCAAAAACCUCUUCAGUAGCUGCAGCCUUCUUUAGAAUCAAUCCAUUCCCUUCAAUACUGUAAGUUUUGACUGCCAUAUGUGAGGGAAAGAGUCUUGAUUGAUGAAUGGUUGUGUAUUAUAGGGGUAGAUUCUUUCACAGACCAAAGUCUGCAUAGAACACCGUGUGUUAUAUCAAUUUGAGCUCAACCUAGAUCUAAUCUGCACCUGCACAUUGUGCCUAUCAUGACGUUGAGCAUCUUUACAGAUCCAGUCUAGCCUUUGAUUCGCAUGGAUAGAUGGGAGAUCUAAAGCACCAGUAUGGCAAAAGUAACAACAGUCCUCCUGAUGGCUGCAAUGGAUACCAAAACCUAUGUUGUAGCAUGAAUGGAAUUCUUGAAGCUUAUCUUUUGGGAAAUUGAGGUUGGGCGUUGCAGGGUUUUCCCCAUUUACACCCUUCAACAUGUUGUAGGGAAGGGUUACAUUCUAGUUCACUAACACGGCAUCUUUGUAUGUUCAUAUGUGAUUUUUACAGAUUACCAUUUGUGCAUUUGACUGUUCAUCUGUGCAAUAUGUUUAUUGUAAGAGAUAUACGGAUUAUUUUGUACCAUAUUUUGUUUAAAAUAUUAAUGGAAUAUGGUUCAAUCUAUGCUGUAUAUUGUGGAUAAAGACUUGGACAUAAUUGUUCAUUGUUUUCUGAAAGGUAUUUUUAUAUGAAUUUUAAGUGUUUAACAAAUGUUUGCAGACAAUGACUUACCUAAAACGUAACAUAGUGCCAAAUAGUUUCUUAACUUCCUUUUAUUGUUGAAAGAAAUGUACAUAUUUUAAGGUGAAAGGUAGGAGUGAUCGGUAGUUGUAUGAGAAUACUCAAUUACAACAAAGACCAAUAGAAUGUGCUCUUAUAUUACCAAAUAAAAUUUGAGAUUCGCACAAUAAGCUCUCUACUUGAGUCACAAAAUUAUAAAAUGUACUGAUCUUAUAGAAUGGAUGAGCCAGUGAAGAGUGUUUUGUUACACAGACAAUACCAAUCAAUAUAUAGGAUACUAGAAAUCACAAUUGUUUACAUAUUGCAGCAUUUAAAUCCUAUACAGUUGAAGUUGGACGUUUACAUACACUUAGGUUGGAGUCAUUAAUCUGUUUUUCAACCACUCUGCAGAUUUCUUGUUAACAAACUAUAGUUUUGGCAAGUUGGUUAGGACAUCUACUUUGUGCAUGACACAAAUACAUUUUCCAACACUUAUUAUUAUUAUUUCACUUAUAAUUCACUGUAUCACAAUUCCAGUGGGUCAGAAGUUUACAUGCACUGAGUUGGUUGUGUCUUUAAACAGCUUGGAAAAUUCCAGAAAAUGUCAUGGCUUUAGAAGUCUCUGAUGGGCUAAUUGACAUCAUUUGAGUCAAUUGGAGGUGUACCUGUGGAUGUAUUUCAAGGCCUACCUUCAAACUCAGUGCAUCUUUGCUUGACAUCAUGGGAAAAUCACAAGAAAUCAGCCAAGACCUCAGAAAAUAAAUUGUAGAUCUCCACAAGUCUGGUUCAUCCCUGGGGGCAAUUUACAAAUGCCUGAAGGUACCACGUUCAUCUGUAUAAACAAUGGUACUCAAGUAUAAACACCAUGGGACCACGCAGCCGUCAUACCGCUCAGGAAGGAGAUGCGUUCUGUCUCCUAGAGAUGAACGUACUUUGGUGUGAAAGGUGCAAAUCAAUCCCAGAACAACAGCAAAGGACCUUAUGAAGAUGCUGGAGGAAACAGGUACAAAAGUAUCUAUAUCCACAGUCAAACGAGUCAUAUAUUGACAUAACCUGAAAGGCCGCUCAGCAAGGAAGAAGCCACUACUCCAAAACCGCCAUAAAAAAACAAAAACAGACUACGGUUUGCAACUGCACAUGGGGAUAAAUAUGGUACUUUUGGAGAAAUGUCCUCUGGUCUGAUGAAACAAAAAUAGAACUGUUUGGCCAUAAUGACCAUUGUUAUGUUUGGAGGGGAAAGGGGGAUGCUUGCAAGCCAAAGCACCAUCCCAACCGUGAAGCAUGGGGGUGGCACCAUCAUGUUGUGGGGGUGCUUUGCUGCAGGAGGGACUGGUGCAAUUCACAAAAUAGAUGACUACAUGAGGAUGGAAAAUUAUGUGGAUAUAUUGAAGCAACAUCUCAAGACAUCAGUCAGGAAGUUAAAGUUUGGUUGCAUAUGUGUCUUCCAAAUGGACAAUGACCCCAAGCAUACUUCCAAAGCUGUGGCAAUAUGGCUUAAGGACAACAAAGUCAUGGUAUUGCAUUGGCCAUCACAAAGCCCUGACCUCAAUCCUAUGGAAAAGUUGUGGGCAGAACUGAAAAAGCAUGUGCGAGCAAGGCCUUCAAACCUGACUCAGGUCUGUCAGGAGGAAUGGGACAGAAUUCGCCCAAGUUCUGGUGGGAAGCUUGUGUAAGGCUACUCAAAACAUUUGACCCAAGUUAAACAAUUCAAAGGCAAUGCUACCAAAUACUAAUUGAGUGUAUGUAAACUUCUGACCCACUGGGAAUGUGAUGAAAGAAAUAAAAGCUGAAAUAAAUCAGGGGCGGCAGCGUAGCCUAGUGGUUAGAGCGUUGGACUAGUAACCGAGAAGGUUGCAAGUUCAACUCCCCGAGCUGACAAGGUACAAAUCUGUCGUUCAAGGCAGUUAACCCACUGUUCCUAGGCUGUCAUUGAAAAUAAGAAUGUGUUCUUAACUGACUUGCCUAGUUAAAAUAAAAAGGUAAAAUUAUCUAGUAUUAUUCUGACAUUUCACAUUCUUAAAAUAAAGUGGUGAUCCUAACUGACUAAGACAGGGAAUUGUUACUAGGAUUAAAUGUCAGGAAUUGUGAAAAACUGAGUUUAAAUGUAUUUUUAAGGUGUGUGUAAGCUUCCUACUUCAACUGUAUGUGCUUUAUUUGUUUCUACUGUGGUACAAUUGUAACAUCUUUAAUGUGCUCAUAUUUGUGAGUCUAUGUAUGUAUAUUUGUUACAUUUUUACUGAACAAACAUAUAAACGCAACAUGCAAUAAUUUCAAUUAUUCUACUGAGUUACAGUUCAUAUAAGGAAAUCAUUCAUUUGAAAUAGUCAUUAGGCCCUAGUCUAUGGAUUUCACAUGAAUGGGCAGGGGCGUGGGCCUGGGAGGGCAGGCCCAACCAAUCAGAAUUAGUUUUUCCCCUCAAAAGGGAUUUAUUACAGACAGAAAUACUCCUCAGUUUUAUCAGCUGUCCGUGUGGCAGGUCUCAGACGAUCCCGCAGGUGAAGAGCCGGAUGUGGAGUUCCUGGGCUGGCGUGGUUACACAUGGUCUGCGGUUGUGAGGCCGGUUGGACGUAUUGCUAAAUUCUCUAAAAUGAUGUUGGAGGUGGCUUAUGGUAGAUAAAUUAACAUUAAAUUCUCUGGUAACAGUUCUGGUGGACAUUCCUGCAGUCAGCAUAUCAAUUGCACGCACCCUCAACACUUAAGACCUCUGUGGCGUUGUUUAACAACUGCACAUUUUAGUGGCCUUUUAUUGUACCCAGCGCAAGAUGCACCUGUGUAAUGAUCAUGCUUUUUAAUGAGCUUCUCGAUGUUCCACACCAGUCAGGUGGAUGGAUUGUCUUGGCAACGGAGAAAUGUUCACUAACAGUGAUGUAAACACAUUUGAAAGAAGUAAGCUUUUUGUGCACAUUAACCAUUUCUGGGAUGUUUUAUUUCAGCAUAUGAAACAUGGGACCAACAGUUUUGACAUGUUGCAUUUUAUAUUUUUGUUCAGUAUAUAUUUGUUAGUUUCGGGAGAAAUGAACACUACAUUAUUGUUUUAAAGAAAUAUCAAAUUUCAUGUGUGAUUGAAAAGAGAUCUCAUAAUUAAUGGUCUCUUGAUAGAAUGUGAACAGAACUACAGGAUAGCUUUGUAAUGGCUUCAUUUUCUCACCUAGUUAUCAUGCUUGGACUGUGUUCUCUUUCCACUGACCGCUAUGAUGGCUUUUCUGAGGCAAGACUAGUAAUUCCUGCUCUAAUUUCACUGUAGGACAGAAAGGAAAGUCUCAUUCUUUAUACUGUGUUCGUCAUUAUAACUUCUAGUUACCCAUUAAUACUAUUCACAAAUCAAAAUGGCACCAUGGUUAUAAGUACAUUCUACUGUAUAUAGUCUGUGUUUUGGUAUCAGUAAAUGUUGUAUGAAAAUUUGCAUGCUUGCCUUGUUUUUUUGUUUUUUUUUCAAGUGAAUGAAUAUGGAACCACAGUUUAAUGCCACAAAGCCUUGUCCAUGUAUGUUUACAUUCUCAUUCAUUGUGUAUCUUUAAACAUAUUUUUGUUUAACUAGAUUGAUUUAAGGACUCCUGCUUAGUAAAUAUUGUAAAUCACACACCAUCUCUUAACAGUUGCUAUUUGUAAAAAUGUUCCAUUUUGUUCAAAUGGACUAAAGGCACUUUAACAAUGAGAUGUUUUAAUGAUGUUUGUCUCCUGAAAAUACACAAUGUUUAUAUUGACCAUUUAAUGAAUUAAUAAUUAAAUCCGUUACCAUUCUUAUAAUAUGGUCAAGUGCUCUUUCACUCAGGUGUUGUGAGAAUCACUGUAAUCCAUUUUGAUGUUAUUACAUUUUGCAGAUGGCUUACUGAUUUAUUACAUACUGCUUCCAUGAACUUUCUUUGUUUCUAGAUAACCUAGCCUGAGUGCCAGACUGUUUCUGCUCUCUUUCCAACUCCUUUUGGAAUUGCCAUGCCAAACAUUGUCAGCUUAAAGUAGGCAAGAGCACAAUAUACCUGGGACCAGGCUAAAGACUUAACUAAAUGUUACAUUUUGUCAGAAUUGUUUGACACAAAGUAGUAGUUACAGAGUAUAUCUCACCUAGUUUGUUCAUUUCUAUUACUUUGAUUUAACAGUGUCUCAAGGUGUGCCACACAUGCAGUACUUGCACCUGCAGCUUUGUUGAAAAUCUGUUUGAUGGUGAUCUAGCAUAAAUAAAAUCUGUUUGGUGAUCUAGCAUAAAUAAAAUCUCUAUUUUGA